AUGGCAGCGUCCUUCUUUUCUGACUUCCGCCUCAUGUGGUACUUGGAUGAACUCGAGAAGAAGGAGUUCAUGAAGUUUAAGGAUCUGCUCCAGCAGGAGACUGUGCAACGCGGCCUCCAGCCCACUCCCUGGGUGCAGGUGUGGAAGGCCAUUCCCCAUGAACUGGCGAGCUUGAUGACCAAGCACUAUGGGGAAGUGCUAGCGUGGGACUUGGCCCUCUGUAUCUUCCCCAAGAUCCACAGGAAGGACCUCUAUGAUAAGGCCACGAGAGAGAGCGCAGAAAGUGGCUAUCGAGCUCACAUACAGAAGAAGUUCGUCAGCAUGUGGUCCAGGGGCUCCUUCUCUGAGAUCCCUGGCUGCUUUGACCAGACAUUGACCCGUGAAGACCAUGAAAGUCUGGAAGAGUAUUUCACUCCAAGGGUAUCCAGGAGGCGUCACACGGUCGUCCUCCUUGGAAUACCAAGAAUAGGGAAAACGAGGUUCCUGAUGAAGCUGAUGCUGGCCUGGUCAGAUGGUACCCUCUAUCGGGACAAAUUCUCUUUCAUUUUCUACUUAUGCUGCCGAGAACUGAAGCAGCUGACGGCGACCAGCCUGGCUGGGCUCAUCUCCAGAGAAAGGCCCGAUGACUCUGUCCCCUUGGCGGACAUCAUGGCCCAACCGGAGAGGAUCCUGUUCAUCAUCGACAGCUUAGAGGAGCUGCAGUGCACCCUGACAGAGCCCGAGUCGGAGCUGUGCCGUGACUGGAGGGAGGAGCGUUCAGUGAAGACGGUGCUGAGCAGCCUGCGGAGGAGGAAGAUUCUCCCAGAGUCGGCCCUGCUCCUGGCUGCCAUACCCGGGCGCCCAGAAGGUCUGGAGAACAAACUGGACCACCCAAACAUGCAAGAGCUCAAAUGCUUCCAGGACAGCCAUGUGAAGCAGUUUUUCUGCUGCUCCUUUGGAGACGGGGGCCGAGCCAUGGCAGCCUUGAGCUUGGUGCAAAACAAUGAGCAUCUCUUCACCAUGUGCCACGUCCCCCUCCUCUGCUGGAUGGUGUGCACAUCUAUGAAGCAGGAGAUGCAGUGCCGGAGGGACCUGGCAGCCACCUGCUGCAGGUCCACCUCUGUGUUCCUCUCUUUCAUGUUUCAAGCGUUCACACCCAGGGGCGCUACUCGUCCCAGCCAGCAGGGCCAAGGCCUGCUGAAGGCGCUGUGUUCCCUGGCCGCGGAGGGCAUGUGGACCGACACAUGGGUGUUUGGCGAAGAGGACCUCAGGAGGAACGGGAUAGCGGACACUGACACCCCCACCUUGCUGGAACUCGGGCUCUUCCGGAAGUACAGUGAGUCGGGGAGCUCCUACUCCUUCAUCCACGCGUGCAUGCAGGAGUUCUGUGCGGCCAUGUUCUACCUGCUGGACAGCCCCCGCGACCACCCCAGCCGGGCCGUGAGGCCCAUAGAGGCACUGCUGCUCACGUACUUCAGGAAAGACGGAGCCAGCCGGGUGUUCGUGGGCUGCUUCCUGUUUGGCCUCGUACAUGAAAGUGAGCAGCAGAGGCUGGACGCCCUUCUUGGGAUGCAGAGGUCGCGGGAGUUGGCGCCCCAGCUCCUGGGAUGUCUGAAGAACUUGGUGGAGUGCAAAGAUCCUAAGAACAAGGUGGAGUUCCUGCUGCUCUUCUAUGCCCUGUUCGAGAUGCAGAGUGACCUCUUUGCCAGCCACGUGAUGGACAGCCUCCGCGAGGCCCACUUCCCCCUUCGGGAGGGGCCAGACUUGGCGGUUGCUGCCUACUGCCUAAAAUACGGCUCCUGGUUGAGAGAGGUGACUCUGUCAGUCCCAGAUACCUUUCUGGAAGAGAGGGGACCAGACCCCAUGUCGAGUCGUACUCUCCUCCGGUGGCAGCAGUUCUGCUGUGUGCUCACUGCCAAUGUGCACCUCCAGAAACUCCGGGUGGAAGACAGCAUCCUCGGCAAGUGGGCGCUGGUAUCCCUGUGUUGUCAGCUGAGCCAGCCCACAUGCCGCGUGCAGAGCCUCGAGACAAGUAACUUUUCCCUUUGCUGUGAGACUGGGAUUUUCUUUGAGGUGUUCACCAGUAACCCAAACCUGCAACACCUGAGCAUGACCUGCAUCCAGCUCUCCCAAGAUGACGUCUCGCUCCUCUGCAGUGCCUUGAGCAACCCGCUGUGCAACCUUCAGGAGCUGCUGCUGAAGGACUCGGGCAUCUCCGCUAAGGAUUGUGAGGCCUUAGCCUCGAUGCUGGUGACAAACAGGAAGCUGAAGCUCCUGGACCUGAGCAAUAAUGCACUGGCUGAUGGUGUGCCCACACUGUGCGCAGCCUUGCGCCACCCAGACUGCACCCUGCAGACGCUGGUGAUGGCCGGCUGCCAGAUCUGUGAGCACUUCUGCCCACACCUCUCUGAGGUUCUCCUGAGAAACGCAAACCUGAGCCAUCUGGACCUCAGCAGAAACCCCCUGAUGGACGAGGGAGUGGCACAGCUGUGUGAGGCCCUGCGACAGCCCUCCUGCAGCCUGCAGACACUGUGGCCUCGGGAGGAGCCUGGGGAUAACAGGUCUCUGCAUUGUCUGUUGCCGUGCAGUUUGCAGAGGUGCCAGAUCACUAUGAGGAUCUGUCCGGCCCUGGCUAUCGUCCUCGUCAGCAACCCGAACCUGAGAAGCCUGGAUGUCGGGGGCAACAGCAUAGGAGAUGCUGGCGUGAGGCUGCUGAAAGAGGCUCUGCUGCGUUCCCGCUGCGGCUUAAAGGAACUCGGUCUGGAUUCCUGCCAAUUGACCAGAGGGAGCUUUAACGACCUGGCUAGGAUCAUCAUCUCCACUAAGAGCCUGCAUACACUGGACCUCAGGAGCAACCCCCUGGACCACAAAACCGUUCGACAGUUGACCAGAGUCUUUUUGCGGACCAGGAAAGUCCUGCAGAGGCUCAGAAUAGACGAGACUUUGAAAGAGGACCAAAUGGAAAAAGUAUCAAUGAAAAGGCUAACUUUCUACCGUGUCUCCUCCAAGUAGUGACAGAGCACCCAUAGGGAACUAGGCUGCAAGUCCGUCCCUGCCACCCUGAUUCCCGCCCCCUCCUGGGGACAACUGCAGGGGAUGGGGGGGGGGCUGGCACAGAGGUGUCCCCUCCCUGAGGCACUGACCUCCUUCCUGUGUGUCCUAUAGUGUGAGGUUUUUAAUUUGUUCUGUGGCCUCUCGUUAAAUCUUCUACCCUGUCUCCCAGGACAUUUUCAAAACCCAAUAAACUAUCCUAUCUCAAAGCA